AUGGCGAGUCCUUAUUCAGGGAGACUCGCGAUCACGCCGACCAGUGUCAAGGGUUUGUCCAUAACGCCUGGAUCUAGGGUUUUACUCACUGACGACGAUAUCUGGAAGCGGCUCAAGGAGGCUGGAUUUGAUGAGGAAUCGAUCAAGAAGAGAGAUAAGGCUGCUCUCAUCGCCUUUGCAAGCAGAAGCUGUCGUGAUCAUCGUACUGCAGAGAGAAAACUGCUGGAAGUUGAAAGGCGUGAAGAUGAUCUUAAGAUACGCAUCAAAUCUUUUAAGUCUGAAUGUGAUGCAAAAGAGAAAGAGCUGAUGCUUGAGAGGCAAUCUUUAAGUGAAAGGCAGAAGAUAUUGCAGCAAGAACAUGAAAGAUUGCUUGAUUCACAAACUUCACUGAACCAAAGAGAGGAUUACAUCUUCAAUAGAUCUCAAGAGCUAACUCAGCUCGAAAAGGAUUUAGAAACUGCAAGAUCAGGUGUCGAGGAAGAACGUAGAGUCCUGAAGGAGGAGAAAUCCAACUUGGAGCUAACUAGGGUUUCCCUGUCCAAAAGAGAAGAGGUUGUCAUUGAAAGGGAGGUUUUGCUGCAUAAAAAGGAGCAGGAGCUGCUUGUUUCGCAGGAAAAACUUGCAAGCAAGGAAUCUGAUGAAAUGCAAAAGAUUAUUGCUAAUCAAGAAACAAUUUUGAGGAAAAGAAAAUCUGAAUUGGAGGCUGAACUGGAGAUCAAGCGGAAAUUGGUUGAAGAUGAAAUUGAGACCAAGAGACGGGCUUGGGAGUUGAGAGAGGUCGAUCUUAGUCAGGGGGAGGACUUACUUAAUGAAAAAGAGCAUGAGUUGGAACUUCAAUCAAUGGCAUUAGCAGAUAAGGAGAAGGAUGUAGCAGAGAGGUCAAAUCUUCUUGAUGAGAGAGAAAAAGCUCUGACUGCUUCUGAGAAAGAGAUUGAACAGAAGAGAGCCAUUCUACAAAAGGAGAAGGAAGAGAUCAACAAAAUGAAGGUAGAUGUUACGAAGACAUUGGACUCCCUCGAAGACAAAAGGAAGCAAGUUGAUCAUGCGAAGCAGAAGCUGGAGACCAUGAAGAGUGAGACAAAUGAAUUGUCAGUUCUAGAGGUGAAACUCAAGGAAGAACUAGAUUCAGUCAGGGCUCAGAAACUAGAAUUGAUGGCUGAAGCAGACAAAUUGAAGGUUGAGAAGGCAAAGUUUGAAGCUGAAUGGGAACUCAUUGAUGAAAAACAGGAAGAAUUAAGAAAGAUAGCAGAACAUGUUGCUCAGGAGAGGGACUCUCUUUCAAAGUUUCUGAGGGAUGAACGUGAGAGCUUGAGAGAAGAGAAAGAUGCACUGCGAGAUCAGCAUAACCAUGCCUUAGAAACAUUGAACCAUGAGCAUGAAGAGUUCAUGAGGAAGAUGGUGCAUGAACGCUCUGAGUGGUUUAGCAAGAUUCAGCAAGAGCGUGCUGAUUUCUUGUUGGGCAUUGAGAUGCAGAAGAGGGAUCUGGAGAAUUGCAUUGAGAAAAGACGUGAUGAAUUGGAGAGUAACUUCAAGGAAAGAGAGAAAACAUUUGAGCUAGAAAAGAAAAGUGAACUUCAGCAUAUUAGCACUCUCAAAGAAAGGGCAGAGAAAGAGUUGGAACAGGUUUCGUUAGAAAUGAAAAGACUUGAUGCAGAGAGGAUGGAGAUCAAAUUGGAUCGUGAGCGAAGGGACAGGGAAUGGGCAGAGCUAAAUCAUUCAAUUGAAGAACUCAAGGUGCAAAGGCAGAAAUUGGAGAAACAGAGGGAAUUAUUGCAUGCUGAUAGAGAGGUGAUCCACUCUGAGGUUGAAGAGCUCAUGAAGAUGGAGGACUUGAAAGCUGCCUUAGAUAAUAUGGCUAUGGUAAAAAUGCAACAGUCCAAUGUGGAGAACAGCCAGCUGAAAGUUUCAGGAGAUAGAUAUUUGAAGCAGCACAAUAUUAUGCAAGAUGCUGAUUUGGAGUCUCAUAAAGAAAAAGAUGUUGCCAACGGAUGUGGUGGUUCCGACUCGUCUAUGCAAAAGCCUGUUGGUUAUUCUCCCAUGAGCUCAGCUCGUUUCUCAUGGAUCAAACGAUGUACUGAAUUGAUAUUCAAGCAUUCUCCUGACAAAUCCCUAAUGAAGGAUGAUUUUGGAGAAUCUAAAAGGACGGUGGAUGUUGUUCCUGAUGGUGAGGCAGAGAUCAAGGCUCCUAUAAAAGGAUCUACUAAAUUAAUUGCUCAACAAGCACUUGUGGCAGGGCGGAAAAGAAGAGUUAAUAACUUUUCUGUUGGUAACUCUGUUAAUUCACAACUAGUGCACAUGCAGAGCAAGUACAAGAAGAGAAAGCAACUGAAUGAACCUCUUGUAAAGUUAUCAGAAGAGGCCAGUACAGAAAGGGUAAUUUUAACCAUUCCCAAUGAGCCAGAGGAUAAGCAUGAACUGCUAUCAACUAGUCAAACUCAGGGAGAUGCUGGAGAGACCAGUCUAUUUACAGAUAGAAUUGUGAAGAUUUCAUCAGUGGUUAAUGAAAAUGCUGGCUCUGGCAGUCUUGUGAACAAAGAAAAAGUACAGCUGCAAAGUACUGUAUCACAACUGGAAAAGGAUGUUCUCCAUGGUGACAUAAAAAGUCAUGAGACUUCUGCAUGUGCAGAGCCACAAGAGGAAGUGUGUUUGAGAAAUGUUGGUCAACCUACUGAAGACAUUCAGUUGCAAGAAUAAUUCUUGAACGGAGACACCGUGGUCAUGAUGUCUCGUAUCAGGUGACAGAUAGGAGGUGACUGGAAAAUUUAAGGACAAGGUCAUUGAAAUAGAGUCUUGGCUAAUCAUAACAACCAAGUAUAGUUUAUUGCCUGCAGUUUUAGACAGGUAUGCAAAGACGUAGCUGUUCCUCCAGAAUUAGUCUUAUCUCUCUGGGUUCGUAAAUCAAUAACGAUCAAGCAGCCUACUAAUUAGGAUUGUGAAGAAAAAGCAGCAGCAUAUAUUAAUUACAAUUUUCUCACAUCUCUAUUUUCUUGCAGAAGCUUGGUGGCUUGUUGUGUUGGGGGAUCCCUACUACGUACAUGGCUCAUUUCUUUUAUGAGAUCUUUAGAAACUUGUAAAUGAUAUUUGGGGUAACGGCCAUCUCCUUUUCUGGUGGGUUUUGAUUGUUGUAGGCUAACUUGGAUAGGUAGUUUGGUGUUGCGUCUUUUGUUAGAUUGAAGAAGUAGAAUCUGGUUUGGCAUAUAGGUUUGUAUUAUUGGUGAAUAUUAGGGCAAAUAUUUGUGGAGAUUUUAACUGUGUAAACUUGGUACUGGAAAGAUAUGGAAUUUAGUAAAGAGUGCUCGGUAUUAGUCGUUAACCUUGAGCUAGAUACAUACCAAGGCCUUGCUGAUUUUGGAAGUGUGGCAUUGACUUGAAUCUUUGUGAAAGUCAGUGCAUGUAAUUGCGAGGAUCAUGCAUCUGUUGGUGUAAUGUUUCUGAAGUAUAUACUGCAACCAUCAUCUUGUA